AGCGACGGUUUCGUGUUCUCUCUGACUCUCCUCUCCUCCAUCUCUCCGUCCACCCGUUUCUCUGUCUGUCUGUCUGUGGAUCUCUGAGUGACAGCCAUCAUGUUCGUUGCUCCACCUGGCUACCAGCCCGUCUACAACCCUUGUAUCCCCUAUGUGGGGCCGAUCUACGGCGGACUGAGAUCAGGGAUGGCUGUUUACAUCCAGGGAGUCAUCCCCCACAAGAUCACCAGCUUCCACAUUAAUCUGCAGUGUGGAGAAUCUGAGGGCAGUGAUGUCGGCUUUCACUUCAGCCCUCGCUUCGACAGCUGGGACAAGGUGGUGUUCAACAGCUGCCAGGAAGGGGAAUGGGGUUCAGAGGAGGAGACCCACAACAUGCCUUUUAGCAAGGGAGACGCCUUCGAGAUGGUCAUCAUCAUCAAACAGGAGGGUUACCAGGUAACCGUGAACGGGCAAGACCUUCAUGUGUUCAACUACCGUAUUCCAGUUGAGAGUGUCAAUGCCCUGCAGAUAGGCGGCGACGUUUCCAUCCAGACCAUCACCGUCAUCGGGGGAGGAUAUCCUGCUGGCGAUGAAAUCGGGUCAAACCUGCCGGUCAUGGAUGGACAGCCAAUAUACAACCCUCCUGUCCCGUACUCCAGCAUGAUUCCAGGAGGGAUGUGUCUUAAGAAGACCAUCGUCAUCAGAGGCUUGGUGCCUCUAGGAGCUAACAGGUUCUCUAUAAACUUUAUGGUGGGCGGCUCGCGGGACAUAGUGUUCCACAUCAACCCUCGUCUACAGGAGGGAGAGGUGGUGAGAAACAGUUUGAUUGGUGGGAGCUGGGAGACGGAGGAGAGAGAGAUCAGCAUCAACCCCUUCCAGGAGGGACAGUACUUUGACAUGUCUAUCCGUUGUGGGAACCAGCGGUUCAAGGUGUUUGUGAACGGGCAGCACUUCUGUGACUUCUCCCACCGCUUCCAGAAUUUCAGUGAGAUAGACACCCUGGAGCUGGAGGGAGACGUGCAGAUCUCAUACGUACACUUCUGAGCCAACACACACACAAUACUACACACACACACACACAAUACUACACACACCAUGAUUCAACAUUGUGCUUCUGUAAUCCGACCAUUAUUAGAUGUUAAUUAGAUCCUAAGAGAGAGAAUCAAAGUAAUCAAACUAUGUUAAUAAAAUAAAUACCAAAGCCAUCUGUUACUCCUUAUUUCAUGUACUGCAACAGGCAGACAGGAUCCACACAGUGGUGUAAGGAAUGCACUGUACACAUUUAUUUCAUACAAAAUAAGUAUAAAAAUCUGUUUUAAAAACCACAGAAGUGACAAUAAUAUGUGACUGUCAUCACAUUCUUCACCUCCCAAUCAGAUACAUGGAAACCAACGAGCAACAUUUAAACCAAUUAGAUUAAAUGGAAACCAAUCAGAUCACAGAAUACUGGCUCUCUGGAAUGAAGGCACAUUGUAAAGUUAUGACUGUAUGAUAUUCUAAGACUCUGUAUAUCAGGAAAGGGGAUGUUCCAUAUCAUACCUUGGGGGAAUAUCGCUAUAUAUCGUAGUUACAAAGUCCACUUUUCUUUUGUCUUAAUAUUUUCCAAUUCCAAUUUUGGUUAGUUGUAAAAAAAAUGUAUUUACAAAUUCACAUGGUGAAAAAUAAGUUUAACUCAUUCAUAACAUUGUUGUGGGAAAAUGACAUCACCGUAUGCAUAACUGAGCCUAAUGUAUCUGUGUUGUGGUGUACUGAACAGCACAUUGGAAUAAAGAAUACAUGGAUGGGAAAA